UCUCUUUACUACAAACUAGCCUCAGAAAGCUACUAGCAAAGCAAGAAAUUAUCUAAAAGAAAUGGCUUAUAAUUAUUCUCUUAACUCGAGAAUUCUGAAUUUGGAAUGCGUGGUUUUGGUACUUGGCAUAUUUUUUAAUAGCUGUUUGCAUGGAAUUAGUGAUCCACAUUUAAGUUUGGAUUACUACAAAUCAACUUGUCCUUCUGUGGUUGAAAUUGUGAGGAAAGAAAUGGCAUGUGCCUAUCUUUCUGAUCCUCGUAAUGCUGCUUUGAUUUUGAGAUUACAUUUCCAUGACUGCUUUGUUCAGGGUUGCGACGGCUCGGUAUUGCUGGACGAUAUGGUAAAUUUACAAGGAGAAAAGAAAGCACCCAACAACAAGAAUGCAUUGAAAGGAUUCAGAAUUAUUGAUAGAAUUAAAAACAGGCUUGAAUCAGAGUGCCCUGGAAUUGUUUCUUGUGCUGAUAUUCUAACAGUAGCUGCCAGAGAUGCAGUUCUUCUGGUUGGUGGACCAUAUUGGGAUGUGCCAUUAGGUAGAAAAGACUCAAGAAGUGGAGGAUAUGCCUUAACUGAUACAAAUCUUCCAACAGCUGAUGAAGGGCUUAUUUAUAUUAUUUCUAAGUUUAUAUCUCAGGGCCUUUCUGUUACUGAUAUGGUUGCUCUUUCUGGUGCCCAUACAAUUGGGAAGACUCGCUGUGUGAAUUUCAAGAAGAGAAUAUAUGGAGAUUUCCCAAUGACUACUUCAUUGAAUCCAAUUUCUCGGACAUACCUUAGCAACUUGAAAUCAGUAUGUCCUCCUAUUGGAUCAGACAACAAUAAAACAGCCAUGGACUAUGUUACGCCCAAUUUAUUUGACAAUUCUAAUUACCAUGUUUUGCUUAGAGGAGAAGGACUCAUCAAUUCAGACCAAGAACUCUAUUCAAGUUUCCUUGGAUUUCAAACAAAGAAGCUUGUUGAGGAAUAUGCUGCAAAUCCAAUUGCAUUCUUCGAGCAAUUCGCGGAGUCCAUGGUAAAAUUAGGGAACAUUACGAAUCCUGACACUUAUGUGAAUGGUGAAGCUAGAAAGAAUUGCAGGUUUGUGAACACAUAUAUUAAGGGUCACUAUUAGGUUGAAAUCCUUAAUGUCGCGGCGAAUAUGGUAGAGGAGCUCCGGUUGACUAAGUUAGAGAGAUGAUGUGAUAAUAAUUUAAGUCCUUAAGUUUCUUUUGGUUCCUAUU